ACUCUUAUGAUGAACGUUUUCGUAAUGUUAUAGAAAAUGACCUAGAAAAUACUUUUCCUCAUAUCAAGUUAGAUCGGGAUAUCAUUAUUCAAGAACUGGCUAAUGUGCUCAUUAUAAUUUGGAAACAUCUACAGAACGUUGACAUUGUUGUGCUUUCCGAAGUCUCAGAAAGGGGGAAAACAUCAACAAUAUUCGCUAUUUCUGCUGAACGUUGGGGAAUACAUAUGGACUGUUCUCUUCAAGCUGCAUUCUAUGAAAACCAUUUGUAUAGAGAGCUUUCAGAAAUUAGAGCGAAUAAGCCAUCUAUUAAUAAUAUUCCACUCCAGAACAAAGCAUUUUACAAGCUAGAUAUAGCGCUUCUUUCACAUAAUGCGCAAGUUCUUUGUCGACCUGAAUAUGGAGGAUAUUUUGGAAGUACCACUAGUGAAAUUUUAUGGAAUCUUUUGCAGGCCUAUACUACUCACAUACUUACUGGUUUUCCAAUUACACACACUAUUUCUGGCAAUAAUAUGCAUAUGUCAAGCGGAGUUUCACUAGUCACCAGUGUUAGAAAAUAUAGUACGUCUCAAACAGUGCAUGUUGUAUUAAAACUUCCUUAUCUCACACCUAAUGUCUUGCGAAAUCUCAACAAUAUAAUUAAUAUGGAUAGAGCUAGCCCUUCAACUUUUGUUAUUUAG